CCGGGCCUGGCCGCCGCUUGUUGUUGUCCGGCUGGGGGAGGCGGAGGUCGCUGGUUCGCUUGCUGGCGGGUGUGAUCGGUAGCGGCCCGCGGCAAGGUGGUCGCGAGAGCGGGCGCGGUGCAGGGGGACGAGGCUAUGUCGCGGUGGCAGCCCGGAGGGGCCGGCAGGGCCGGGAGUAACGGGACGUCGCUGCGGAGCUUCUUCCCCCGGAUACAGCGCGGCCCGAGCGGAGGCCGCGGCGCCGCCCUGCGGUCCUGAGGAGCUCGCGCCGCGCCGAGACCGUCCCGCCUUCUCCGCGGCCCCGUCGCCCGGCGAUCGGGCCGGCCCAGCCCUAUCCGGCCCAGCCCAAGCAGGCAGCGCUCCUUGCUCAGAAGCACAGCUCCUCUCCAAGGACAUGAAGCUGUUGGAAAACUCCAGCUUCGAGGCCAUCAACUCACAGCUGACUGUGGAGACUGGAGACGCCCACAUCAUUGGCAGGAUUGAAAGCUACUCAUGUAAGAUGGCCGGAGACGAUAAACACAUGUUCAAGCAGUUCUGCCAGGAAGGCCAGCCCCACGUGCUGGAGGCGCUGUCCCCACCACAGACGUCUGGCCUUAGCCCGAGCAGACUGAGCAAGAGUCAAGGAGGUGAAGAUGACAGCCCCCUCAGCGACAAGUGCAGCCGCAAGACCCUCUUCUACCUGAUCGCUACGCUCAACGAGUCCUUCCGGCCCGACUAUGACUUCAGCGCAGCCCGAAGCCAUGAGUUCAGCCGGGAGCCCAGUCUGAGCUGGGUGGUCAAUGCAGUCAACUGCAGCCUGUUCUCCGCUGUUCGGGAGGAUUUCAAGGCCCUCAAGCCACAGCUGUGGAAUGCAGUGGAUGAGGAGAUCUGCCUUGCUGAGUGUGACAUUUACAGCUAUAACCCAGACCUGGACUCGGACCCUUUUGGGGAAGAUGGUAGCCUCUGGUCCUUCAACUAUUUCUUCUACAACAAGCGGCUCAAGCGAAUCGUCUUCUUCAGCUGCCGCUCCAUCAGUGGUUCCACGUACACGCCCUCGGAGGCAGGCAACACACUGGACAUGGAACUAGGAGAGGAAGAAAGCGGAGGCAGAGGCAGUGAGGUUGGAGCCGAGGAGACCAACACCAUGGAAGAGGACAGGGUCCCGGUGAUGUGCAUGUGACCAGGAGCCGCGGAGGUCCCAGCUUCAUCCAGCUUCAACCAGUACCUGGACCUGCUCACCUGAGGGCUGCCAGGGUCUGCCCUGCUGCUGGCCGUACCCUGGAACUGCCAGUUCUGGCACUGCCCAAGGCCACACCUGCCUAGCCUUUUGGCUCCAGCCUGUGGAUGUCCACUCACCCCCCCACACACACACACACAGGCUCCUACUGCCCAUGCUGUGACUGGACUAGACUGAGCAGGGCCUGGUGGGAAAAGUGACCACCCGCCCAAACAGACUGCCACAGGCAGGGACAGCUGGACCACAGAGUUUAUUUUUGUAUUUCCUACUGGGCCUGUACACUCCAGCUCCAAGGGACCCUGGUGCCUGCCUGCCCCCACCUCGCCUGGUGGGCCACGUGCACUGAGUGUCACUUUGCUGCAGCUCAUCUGUUUCCAAUAAAAGUUUCUGUGACUC